UCUACAGACGGAAUUUGCAUAUCGGCUGGCCUGUAUAGAUUCGUCCUUUGAUAAUAAUUUUGUUUAGAAAGUGAAUAUAAAAACAGGGCAGGUCUUUAAGACCUGUAAAUGUAAUGUAAUUUGUUCAAAUUUAAAAAAGCUUAUAUGAGAUUAUUGACGCGUCUCACUUUCAAGUUGAUAGUUUACUAGUACCUCAUCAAAAUGGGGACCAAAGAACCUAAAGACAGUAAAACAAUGGACAAAUUAAAACAGUUUUUCCGAUUGAAUAAAGGAGGAGCAAAUUAUAAGUAUCGAGAAGACUUUAUACUAACGCCAGAACUUAUAAAAGAUUUGAGUCCAGAAUCUUCAAUGAAUCAUCGGAUGAAAGCUCUAAAAGAAUUGAUGGAUAAUGUAGUGCUAUACCGAUUGGAAGAUCAUGCAGCAGAGAAACUAUGGACAAUUCUUUCAGAUCUUUUGCAAGAUAAUGUGGCUCUCGAACACAGACACACAGCAUUCGCAUUCUUCCGUUGCCUGGUCAAUGGCCAGUACGAGCGACUUGGUAUGCUCAGAGUACAUUUCUUUAAUCUCAUCAAACAUGAAAACUCUGAAGAUAUUGAACCAAGGUUGGAUUUGCUAAUAAGCCUCACAGAAAAUGGAAAAGAUAUUCUCCAUUUCGAGGAGGAGAUUGGUCCGUUCCUGUUGGAAUGGACAGCGCCCGUAGUGGAAUUGGGCAGAGCUCCAGAUUUGCUGGAACUAUUCAAUAAUGUGUUGAAGUAUAACGCUGCCUACAUUGAUGGCGAAGUCGUAGAUACACUGAUGGCGAACACUUGCUUCCUGUGUUGCCACAGCCCCUCGGAUACAGUGAUUCAAAGCUGCCUGCACAUUCUAGACACAAUAGUGUGCUAUAGCAACAUACCCAGGCCUUCCUUCCCGUCUUUCAUUGCUACGCUGUGUCGUACUGUCAAUGUCGAAGCUUAUGCGCUGACAAGCUGGAAGAUAAUGCGUAACGUUAUGGGAACAUACAUGGGACAUUCGUCCAUAGGUAUGCUGUGCUCAAUUCUCAAGGACGACGAAUCACUUCUGGACCCCGGAUUGAUGAGAGGAGCUGUCUUCUACUUGAUGAUGGGCCUCUGGAGUCAGAAGAAAGUUACUUCAUUGAAAAUAUCUUUCACUGCUAUUCUCACUCCAUAUAUCAAGGCUUUUGAGAGUAAGCAUCCAGUGGUGAUUUUUGAAGUGAUAAGCAGUGUGCACUGCCUGGUGAAAAGGCACGGACAAGAACUGGAAGCACCCUGCUGGAGACUUGUGCUUGAGAUUUGCCAGCUCACUGCAAGCUUCAUUGAGACGUUGACUAUCAAAGUACCAUGUGCACAAAUAUCAUCCUACCUACACGACACCUUGAAUUUAAUUGAACAUCUUAUUGAUGUUGGUCACUUCCGUGGCAGUCUACCCAACUACUACAGUGUCAUUGAGAAAUGCUACAAAACACGCCCAGAGGUGUCUGUACUGAGAUUGAUCAAUUUCUUGGCCAUGAAUAUUGCACCGUCUCAAUUGAAUUGGAUGGAAGAAUUGAAUUCACUUGUUGAACGCUUCUACAAAAAUGAAACCAGGCCCAAUAUACGCAUUAAGACUGUAGAUGUCUUGCUAAACAUUUAUCAAAUUUCUUGUGGCAUAUAUGGAAAAGAGAUAGUUCAAGAUAUAGUUCUGGUGCAUUUGGUGGAUGUACAUUUAGACGAAGAUCAGGCUGUUCGUACAGCAGUUGCACAGGUUAUCAUGGAAAUUUGUUCUCAAUACUUGGAUGAUCCAAGUCAAUUUUUCCGCCUGAUGGAGAUUGUUGAAAAAAUUCUUGUCAAUCCAUUCAAAACAUAUGACGCUAGCAAGCCUUCGUUGAUGGAAACCGAUUGCAAGGAUGUGGAGACAGUAGUCGAAGGAUUAAUUAAGAACUUUUCAAAGCUGUUCUGUCGCUCUCCAGCCAAGCAUGCUGUUCACACCUACCAGGUUUUGGUAGGGCAUCUCGACAUGCAUAAUAACAGACCUACCGUCUUCGAUUAUGUGCCCUCCAUAAGAUGUAAGAUAAUCGAUUGGCUGAUAAAGCUGCGAGCAGACUCUGACUACAAGCUUGGUUGUCCUGUGGGAAACGAAGUGCAGUUCAGCGCCUUCAUCAGAGUCAACCACCGGCAAUUGCCUCCCCCUUCCCCCUCCCCAUGUCCCUCCCCCUCACCAAUCCCCCCCCGCCUGCUCAUCACUUAUUACUACCUCUCUUUGGCCAAUGCUCUCAAGGCCAUUGUCAUUUGCAUGAGACACGAAUUAGAUUGGCAAGUAAUGUCCAUGAUUCUGCAAGAAACGCAUCAAAUAAUCAAGAACAGAGCAUUGGUUCUAUCGAGACUUCAUGGUGAAGUUGAUAGACUAGCUGGAACUCUAUGUGCUAUGUUUUUAGGACUAGCUUCAAGAUCAGCUCGCCAGUGUGUUACAGCCCUGACAGUUUGCACUCUUGAAUUGAGAGAUGCCAUGGUUAAACUUCUUCCCGAAGUUCUUCUGAAUCUUUCGAAAAUAACAGCCACUGUCCACAUAGCGAUACCAAUGCUCGAAUUCCUUUCAACUUUGACAAGAAUCCCGAAGGUAUUCUACAGCUUCGUGGGCGACCAGUACAUGUCGGUGUUUGCCAUCUCGCUGCCCUACACGAACCCGUUCAAGUACAACCACUACACCGUCUCCCUGGCACAUCAUGUCAUCGCCGUCUGGUUCCUCAAGUGUCGGCUACCUUUCCGCAGAGACUUUGUCAAAUUCAUCAUUAAGGGAUUACGAGCAAACGUGUUGGCGCCGUUUGAAGAAGAAGACCGCAGGCAGAAAGCUGAUUUCAUCAAUGAAGACUCGUCCAACAGAAAGAGGAGCUCAAGUUUAACUGAACAGGGAAGUAGAACGAGAGCUCGACAAUUGGCUGGUGCAAGAUUGGAAAAUGCGAGACCUCCCGUCGAUCUGAAGCCGCAACUCGAUGAAUCACUGAUGACGUUCCAUAGAGAGCUGACAGAGACUUGCAUCGAUCUCAUGGUCCGCUAUACACAUUUCACAAGUGCUGGCAUUCCCAAGAGGUUAUCAACUGCUGAUUUCCUCUUAAACGGUGGACAAAGUGUGACCUGGAUCAUAGGCCACAAGUUGAUCACGGUAACAACAAGUGGCUGCUGUCAAAAGGCAUUAAAGCAUGGCCUAUGCGAUAGAUGUGCUCAAUUCUGCAGAAUUAACAAAGAUAAUCCGCUGUCUCCAACCUCAGAGACUGCUGGAGACCAAGAUAAAAAAGCUCAGACUGGAAUGAAGCAUACAUCUCUUUCUCGCAGCAGUAGCAAUGAUAUUCCACAAAUGCCGUUGGCUUCGAACAGCUCAACGGCUGCUAGCUCUCCAAACGAGGAAAUGAAACGUGGAAUCGAAUCAUUGACCUUGGAGUCAGAUCCGAAUCGUGUUGAUCAAAUAAUUUUCUCUAUGGAUCGAAGAGAACCACAAAUUUGUGCAUGUUGGUGCCAAGGAUGGGCCGAAAUACAUGUGAAACGCCCUACAGGUGACAUGUCAUGGAUUAUGAGACUUCAAAACCAUAAACUGACAGCGCAGACUGAUGUAGCAUUUGCUGAUGUAGCCACGCUUCUGUUUCCUACUCUGAGUAAAAAGUCUGGACAAGAUGCUGACUUGAACAUUGAUUUCGAUGAGGAGGAUAUAGCCAGCUUUCCGAGUUUGGUUGAGCUUCGGCAGACGUCGGACCCUGUCUCGAUUCCCGGCUCUCCCAUCCGGAGGAGUCCCUCAAGGCACAGCUCCAGAGAUAGUGUCGAAACAAUGGGUGACGAGGAUGAUGAUUUAGAUGAUGGGAGGUCGGGUAGAUCCAGAAAUCCGGUGCGUCGGUCGAACUCUAGCCCUGAGAUGAGUGCCAGCUGGAAGAAUCCGUUCCUGAGUGGAGCCGGCCUCAGUGCUGCGUUGUCCGAUGAGGAGAGACUGCCUGGUCGGGCUGACAGCAUGGCCGACAAGAAGAAAACUGCAUUUUCAAAGGAUCUCAGAGUGAACUGCGAAGCUAUUCCUGAAGAAAUCGGUGGCCUGGGCACAACUCCUCCCUCCGUUUCGCAAGGUUCUAUGGCCAGUCAUCAACCUGCACCAACUACUGUACCACAACCAAUUUCGCAACCAGCAGAAACGAAACAGCCCGCCGCAGAGAAACCACCAGUACAACCGUCGGAACAGCAACCGAAGAAAGGUUUUGAGGCGUCCACGACGACAUCAGUGCCGGCAACGACGAUGGAACUGAAACGACCCGACAAAGUGGCGCUGGCAGCGUUGAAGAUAUCGGACCGGCCGGUCGAUGGCGGUCAGGCAAGCACAACGACACACAAGCCGGGUUUGCCGGCACUCAACCCGACGCCUGCGCACCUCACUUCCAAGCCGCCCCUGUCUCCGCCUCCCAGCCAACUGUCACCCAGGCUGCAACCUAAACAUAUCAAGGACCAGGACUUGUCACGGCCAGAUCCAUCAUCUCUGGCACCGUUGGCGUUUCGCCGUGACCGGGGCUACACCAUUUCUGUGAUGAGUCCGGUGCGCAAGCCACGCAGUGACUGGGACCCCACGGCCAAGGUCAGGCUGCCACCCAGUGCUCAGCGACCCAAGGAGCAGCCCAGGUCGGGCGUCAGUCCCUGUUUUGUUUUCCUGCAGCUCUAUCACAAUGCAUUCUUUGGACAUUCGUUCGAUCGACCCAUUUGCUUGCCGUCAACCAAUUCUGUCCAACGUGCUGUGAAAAACUUGGAUUGGAUAAAUCCUUAUGAAAUUCACAAGAUUGGCGUUGUGUAUGUUGGACCAGGCCAAGCGAAUAACGAAACAGAAAUACUUGGAAACAAAUUUGGUUCAUGCCGAUAUUCUGCCUUCUUGCAGAAUCUUGGAACGUGUAUCAAACUGUCAGACACCUCCGACCAUGUUUUUCUUGGAGGUCUCGAUAAGACUGGAGAAGAUGGUAUAUUCUCUUACAUUUGGGAAGAUGACGUUAUGCAGGUGAUUUUCCAUAUUGCUACAUUGAUGCCAAAUAACGAGGAUGUAGAUCCUCAUUUCACCAACAAGAAAAAGCACAUUGGAAAUGACUUUGUCACCAUUGUCUACAAUGAAAGUGGAGAGGACUACAAUAUCAAGACACUUAAGGCGCAAUUCAGCUACGCGAGUGUCGUAGUGCGGCCUCUAGAGCAUGAUUGUAACGAGGUGCUGGUCAAAGCUCGCGAUGACUUGGUCGAGCACAUAGGUCACACCGAGCCCAAAAUUGUAUCUGACAAGAAUGUGGCCCUGCUAGCUCGGCAGCUUGCACUUCAUGCCAAUCUAGCUUCGAUGAUAUCGCAGAGUCUGAGUAACAAUCGCAACGACCCGUACGCAUCCAACUGGUUGGAGCGAUUGCGGCAGAUAAAACGCAUCAAGACCAGAGCCAUGCAAGAGCUGAGCGCCCAGGGCGCCUCCAGUGGCGGCCUCGGCCCAAAUGCUGACAGGAUCAAUGCGGCCAACAUGCGCCAACAGGUCGAAGACUUCACCGAGUACACCUAACGCAUCCAUAACUUGAUAUAGGCUACUUGAUAUAAAUUGAAAAAAGAAAAAUAUGAUUCCGAGUAAUUUUAGUAAUUACACU